AGUCAAAUGGAACUACAUGUUCCAUGUCUCUGGCGGCGGACCACCGAAGCGGCUACGAACGGAAGAGAAGCGCGGCGGAGGGAGACACUGUAGUCGUGGCCAGAGGGGAUGUCACGCAGAACGCCGGAGAGACAUCUCUUCGAAAAUGGUUUUUGCUCCGUCAAGUAGGAUUAAUUUCCUAUUUUUUGUUUUAAUUAUUAAGUAACUAUUUUUGCUUUUAAUUAUUAAUGACAAUGUUUUUUAAUUCCUUCCGUGCCCUUAUGGCAGUUAAGCAAUCAUUGCUUUGACUUACCUCUCUCCUCUUUUUAUUGGCUAUAAUUGACUUAAGAUCCUCCUUAAGAAUUGGGGUUUAAGGACCGGAUCAAACCCGAGAGAUAUAUAGGGAAUUGAAACAUGCAUUGUAUUUGGUGUAAUAACUCUUUUUUUUUUAGCUCUUACCAAAUAAAAUUAUACUAUCAAUCAUAAUAAUUAAUUAUCUAAUUCCAAAAAUAUGCAAUUAUUAAAUUUCCCCAUUUAUCUUUUGGCAAAUUGCUAUAGUAGGUUCCCAAAUCCUACUAUGCAUAAGAGUAGAAGGUCAGAGCCGGGAAAAGCAGUGAAACCAACGAGUUAGGGAUUUGAAAAAAGAUCGAGAAAUAUUAUUACGGCAUCGGGCAAGAUAAGAGUGUUGAUUACGAGUUUGAUGUUGGUGUUGUUAAUGGUGAUGGCUGGGUCGACGAUGGAUGUUGCCGCGACAAACUAAUUGUCAUUUUUUGGAUAUCGUUUUAUGAAAUUAUUGGUCUUAUUAAGGAAAUUUUAAUAAUGGACAAUUAUAUUUAACAAGUGGAGUACGACCCAAUUGCUUAAGUCUUAAUUGUGUAGAUGGUCUAAUUCAUGUUCACAACCUUGUGCGUUAGCAUUUGGAUGAAGCAAAAUAUAGUCCUGGCACGUUAUAGGAUUUUGUGUUCGGAUAGUCUCUCUCUUUCUGAACAAUAUGCUCGAAUGUCGAUCCAAAGAAUUUUAACCGGACGUCCGAAGUUAUUGGCAACAACUUCAAGCCUCGCCAUCGAAAUUCCCACAUGCAAUUUCAGAUUGUUCAUUUCUUCGUGAACCCUCCACCAUUCCCCGUUCUUCGUUCAACCACAAGCUACCUCCUUGGAUUUCUCUCCACGUUUUGUCUUCUUCUUACAUCAAUCGCCAUAUUGUUUAAUUUCCUCUACUUUGGUCUCAAUUCAUUUAUAUGAUUUCAUGCCCUUCUCUUCUUCCUUCCUCUAGUUUUUUUUUCAUUUUGGUUGUGUUGUCGACUUUACCAUGUCAACAGGCGGCGGAGGCAACCAAAUGAUAACUAUCAUUCCCGACGAGCUUAAGUUUGUGUUUGAGGUGGAAAAACAAAGCUUCUGUGAUCUCAAAGUCGUGAACAACACAGAGAAUCAUGUUGCUUUCAAGGUCAAAACUACUUCACCUAAGAAGUACUUUGUAAGGCCAAAUACUGGAGUUAUACAGCCUUGGGACUCUUGUGUCAUCAGAGUUACAUUGCAAGCACAAAAGGAGUGCCCACCAGAUAUGCAAUGCAAAGACAAAUUCUUGUUGCAAAGCACAACAGUGCCUCAGCUAACUGAUGUAGAUGACCUUCCUUCGGAUUUAUUCACCAAAGAAAGCAAUGGGAAGGUGGAGGAGUGCAAGCUCAGAGUUCUAUACAUUCCUCCCUCAUCCACAGCUCAAGGGAAUGGAGAAGAAGAUGGCCUCAGUAGCUGCAGACAGAGCUUUGAUGGCAAUUUCGCAUUGCAACGGUUGAAAGAAGAAAGGGAUGGAGUUGUAAAUAAGACACAACAGUUGCAGCAAGAACUAGAUUUGUUGAAGCGUCGAAAAUAUCGAGAAAAGGGUUCAGGAUUCUCAAUCACAUUUGCAUUGGUGGCGGGGCUUAUCGGCAUCGUCCUUGGUGUUUUGAUCAAACUUUGGUUUUCUUCUCCAUCGGCUGUAGAAAAUACGGAGAUUUUGACAGAGAUUUUAACGCCACCCCCAGAAUUAUAAGUUUUUUUUAUUAUUUUUUCCAGUUUUCCAUAAUCUCCAAUAUAUUUUUUUAGCCCUGCAUUUGAUCUUGUUUUGUAUGUUAAAAAAAGAUUAAAAAAAUACAAUGAUGAUGGACGAAUCCUUCUCCUUUGUUUUAAUUUUUUUGCCAUAUUUUGUAUAUUGAUCGUUGCAAAAACAUACAAAAGAAUUGUAUGAUCUCUUAUUGUCGGUUGCGCGUUACCAUUAUUUAGAAUUGUUAUAAAUCUUACAUGUAUUACUUCACAGAUUCAUUGGAGAAACACAUUAAUAAGUCUAGGAUUAUCAU